AAUAGUUGUUGUAUAGUGGUCGAUUUGGAGUGGAACGAGUGGAAGUCCAAACGCAAGGCAGUGGGGGCUAUUGAAUGCGACCACAAUUAUUGAUAGCCCAUACGCCAAGAUUGUACUAAAAUAAUCAAAAAAAAAAAAACCAAGUCCCUUCAAUUCCCCUGAUUGACUGAUCACAAGCAAGAAAAUUGAUGAUAAAAUGGGUGAUUUGAUCAUGGGUCCGAGGUUGUACGGCUGCUACAAAUGCAGAAACCAUGUGGCCAUCCAUGAUGACAUUGUUUCAAAGUCGUUUCAGUCGAAAAAUGGAAGAGCCUUCCUCUUCUCGCACGCACAGAACAUGUAUUCGGGUAGGAAGGAGGAUCGGCAGAUGAUGACGGGGCUGCACUUGGUGGCGGACGUGCACUGUGCCGAUUGCAGAGAGGUUCUUGGUUGGAAGUAUGAGAAGGCUUAUGAGGAAUCCCAGAAAUACAAGGAAGGCAAAUUUGUGCUUGAAAAAUUCAAGAUUGUUAAACAAAUUUGGUAGCUGUACUUUUGGAACUAUUUCUUUUACUAUUAAAAUUGUAACUGUAAAGUUGCCAACUGGUAAAUACAAGUUUUAUGUUUCUUCA